AUGAUCGGGGGAGGGGGGGAGGCUGCCGAGAGCUGGUACAAGAUAAAGCGCGUGUCGUUCCUGGGGCGGCAGCAGGUGCCAAUUGUCAUGCAGAACGACAACGGGCCCUGCCCCCUCCUGGGCAUUGCCAACGUGCUGCUGCUCCGCAACGCCAUCUCCCUCCGCCCCAGCGCUACCGAGAUCUCCCAGUCGGACCUGCUGUCUCUGGUGGCGCACCGACUGUUGGACAGCAAUACAGGCAUGGAGGGCCGCUCAGCAGAGUACAUAAGCAACAGGCAGCAGAACGUGGCGGACUGCAUGGCUCUGCUGCCACGCCUUGCCACGGGGAUUGACGUCAACGUGCGCUUCACAGGCAUCCAUGCAUUUGAGUUCACGCCAGAAACAGCCAUCUUCGACCUGCUGGACAUCAGCCUCGUGCAUGGCUGGCUGGUGGACGCACAGGACUCGGCAACAGCAGCAGCAGUGGGCUCUCUCUCUUACAACAGCAUUGUGGAGCGCCUAGGAGGUGGCGCUGCUUCUGUUCCAGAGAGGCCUGCUGAAGAGAAGGCUAGAGACGAGGAGGAGCAAGGGAGGAAGGGCGAGGAGGGGCAAGGGAGGAAGGGCGAGGAGGGGCAAGGGAGGAAGGGCGAGGAGGGGCAAGGGAGGGAGGACAAGGAGGGCGGCGGGGAGGGGGAGGAAGAAAGGAGGAGGGAAGAAAGGGGGAACGGAGACCAGAAAGAGAAGGCAGGGGGAGGGGAGAUGCGAGAUGAUGUGCGGGAAGCUCUACUUCUCUUCACGUUUCUCAACGAGACAGCCAGCCAGCUCACCUACCACGGUCUCUUUAGCUUACAGGAGGGCGUGAAGGAAAAUCAGCUCUGCGUGUUCUUUCGCAACAACCAUUUCAGCACCCUCUUUAAGCGCACCAACCACAUCUACCUUCUCGUGACCGAUCAGGGCUAUCUCAACCAGCCGGGCGUCGUGUGGGAGAGGCUGGGGCAGGUGGAGGGCGACACCACUCUCUGUGAGGCGGAUUUCACUCCCUUUGCUCCUCCGCCAUCGCUGGCCCAUAUGGGGGAGGGCGGAGCUGCUGCUGCCCAGUGGACGCAUGAGGACGAUGCUGCCAUUGCUGCUGCUGCCGCUGCUGUGAGUGACAGAUGCAUGCUGUGA